AUGCCAUCCAGUAUCAUAGCCGAGGUCACCCGCCUGGAUCUCAAAGAUCUCCGUGCUCCUUUGGCGUCAAUCACUGACGUCAAGCCCCUAUCCUCCUAUAAUUGGAUUGAGGCUCCCACACCCACCAUUGCUGUCCCAGGUAGCCCGCCUCUUUGGUCUCCUCUCAGAGGUUCUAGACGGCUGCGAAAGGACUCUGGUCUUGUCUACAUCGCCCAAAAUGCAGCUCGCCAUCCGGACAGUCCACUCGAACCUUUGUUUCGCGCCGUAUAUAUAACAAAUCCAACGUUUGACAUCCGUUUAAUUGAUGUGGUAACCGACCGGAACAACGUCCGCAAGCUCCUGUCAUUCAUCAACCCCGGCUCGCUACAAGAUGGACUUCAAACAUUCACCAUCCACAUUGAAGUCACAAAAAAUACAGCAAUCUUUUGCCGUGAAGAGACCACCACCCAAGAAUAUAUCGGGCCGCAUGAAUUCAGAGGCUUUGGUCACGAGUUUGAGAAAGCGUACACAACUAACCAGAUUGAUGGUAGCACGGGACAUCAUAGAGUAAUAUCAUACCGCUUUGGCGAUUUGAACUUCAUCGUCCGCCAUGAAACGGACGGAUAUGUCGCUGAUACAAUGCCCCAUAGCCAAGAGCCGGGAGAUACCAACCUCUCAAACAUACUAGCAUCAUUAUCCUUAUCACCGUCUAAGGGCCUAGCUGAUAUCACCCCUACGGGAUCUAAGUUGACCAUCCGGAAAGAAGGCCUGGUGGUACCGCCCGAAUUGAUCCUUGAAAUCAAAACACGUGCCUCCCAUAAGCCUCUUCGUAUUCACGAGCUUUUCAACAACUCUUAA